AUGGAGGCUAUUUGGUAUAAAUCGGAACUAGCAGAUGAAAUAAUUAAAAAUAAUGAUAUAUUUAAUCAAACCCAAAGCAUAAUAGCAGAUGUUGUUUCUGGAAAAUUGGAUAUCACUGUCCUGGUAGAAAAUAUGGCUGGUGUUUUAACCAGCAAAGAGGUAGAAGACAGAGAACGAGGCAUGAGGUUUUUUACAAAAGUUUUAAAGGAAAUCCCUGCUGAUUAUUUGACAGAGAUGCAAAUUAAAUUCAUAUCAAAAUUCUAUGUUGAUCGUCUUAAAGAUAACCACAGAGUCAUUCCAGCGGUUUUAGAAGGAUAUUUGUCUGUUAUUGAUAUGAAACAUUAUAAUGUGCAAAGUAGUGGUGAAUACCUCACUGCUUUAUUCCGGGAGGUAGCAUGCCAGUCGCAAGUAAGGCAAGAUAGGUACAACAUAUACCUAACUAUUCAAAAAUUGUUUAUCAAGAAUGUAGAAUACAUGAAAACCCUAGGCCCGGAUUUUGUAUAUGGAUUCAUAUCAUCUAUGGAUGGAGAGAGGGAUCCAAGAAACUUGCUUUUCUUGUUUAAUUUCUUACCGAACUUCCUAAGUAACAUUCCAUUGGGACAUUUAGUUGAAGAAAUGUUUGAAGUCAUAUCAUGUUAUUAUCCAAUUGACUUUCAUCCCUCUCCUGAUGACCCAGCAGCUGUGUCGAGGAAUGAUUUAGCUGCUGUAUUAUGUCCCUGUUUAUGUGCAAUUCCAGAGUUUGCUGAACAUUGUCUUGUAUUAUUAAUAGAGAAACUGGAUUCUAACCUUCGAGUAGCUAAAAUUGAUUCUCUUAUGCUAUUGGCAGCUAGCUGUAAGACGUUUAAGUACGAAAGUUAUGGACCGUUUUUGAAAGCUUUGUGGUCUUCACUUCAUAGAGAACUUACACAUAAAACUGAUGAGGAGCUAAAAUUAGUCGCUCAUGAUGCAUUAUCAGCUUUAGUAUCAAAAUUGUCAACAAAAGCAGAAACAGAUCAAUCAUUCGAGAACUUUGUUAAAGGAAUUCUUAUAUCCAUGCAAAGUGCAAUAGCAGAAUCUUUAACUGUUAUUCAGUUUAUGGAAGCAAUAAAAAUAUUAUUGACCGCCGCCAAUACUUCAAAACAAUCAUGUAUUCUUAUUAUAAAAGCAAUGAUACCAGCUAUUUUAGCAUACUAUGAAUUCAAACCUUUGGUGAAAUUACAGAUUUCUUGUUUAGAUGUUUUAGGUGAUAUGUAUGAAAUGGCUGAUCAUUGGGAGGUUUUGGGUGAAAUGGAAAAAGAGGUAAAUGAAAUACCACAGUUAUGUCUUACAGCUGUUAGUGAAAGGGCGAAAGACUAUCAAGUAUCUGGCUUUAAAACUCUUAUAAGAGUUAAAAAUGUCCUUCACAUAGAUUUAGUGCUACCAUUUGUGGAAAUUCUGAUCUAUAACAUUCAACAAUCUCAAGAUAGUGAACUAUUGAGUGUGUGUGUUGAAACAGUACAUGCAAUAGCAAGGAAAUAUCCAGAGCUCAUAAUGACUUUGGUUGUAAAAGGGAAGUGUGAUUUGGAAAACCUAACACAGGACAAAACAGCAUUACAGAAACGACUAGAUUUGCUCUCAAAUCUUGCCAGUAUAGACGAUUUUACUAAAAUUAUUAUAGAGGAAAUGUUGAAAGUAAUUACAACAAAUGAUGAAGAAGCUUCUAAAGUUGUCAAAGCACUUAGUGGUUCUAUAUCCAAUAUAAGUUUGUAUACAGAAGAAAAAGUAGCACAGAUAGAAAGUGAUCAUGGCCUUAUAAGUUCCAUUAUGGAAUGGUUGUUGAAAUCAAUUUUGGAUGAAUCUCACGAAUCUUUGAAUCACGGCUGUACAUUGAUAUCAAACACAAUAUGCAGUUUGCCACCUGAAAAACAAUCUAGUAUUUUAUCCAAACACUCAAAGGCUAUUUUGGAGAAGUGUGAUUCAAAUGAGAUGUACUUUUUAAUACUAGAAUGUUUGUAUCGUUCCACAAGUCCUACCAUAUAUGACACAAAUUUCAAAGACAUAAUGGGUUUAGCUUUAAAAUUAGCUUUAAACAGUGAUAAUCAGUUACUUAGAACGAAAGCAUGUUGUAUGGUAGCCCAUUUUCUUAAUAAGGCUCAGAGUGGACCAAAUUUUGAGAUUUUAAAUGAGGUUUUAAAAUCUUAUUUAACAUCAUGUAGUAGAGAUAAUGUUAAUAUAUUACCAAGAUUAAUAGAAUUGUAUGGCUGGAUAACAAAGGCGCUUAUUUUGAGAGGCAAUGACCUCUUCCAGUUUUGGCUUUCCAAGAUAAUGAUUUCCAUUUCUACAAGCGAAUGCAGUGUUGAAGCAUCAGAAGCUAUUAAAAUAAUAAUGACAGAUUCUGAAGAUUGUCUUAAUACCAGACAUCAUUGUAGAACAAGUUUGUUAUACAGGCAGAGAAUGUUCCAGACUUUCGUUACUUUGACUGAAAAACUUGGACCACCAAAUACUGAUUCUGAAGAGGCAUAUUACUUAAGUUGGGGUUACGUAUUAGAAAAAACGCCGAAAAGCAUACUUAAUAGUCAAAUAAAUAAGGUUUCACCUUUGGUUGUAGACGCUUUAGUGUAUGACAAUAAAGAAUUGUUGAAAGUGAUGUUAGAUGUACUAAUUCAUUUUGUGCAAUCAAAAAACAUAACAGUGGGGCACAGUUUACAAACAAUUUUACCAAGGCUAAUAAAUUUAACUACAUAUGUUAAGUGUAUGGAUGUCCGAAUAAAAAGUCUGCAAUGCCUUUACGAAAUCGCAAAUUCUUACCAGACAAGAUUGCUUUUACCACAUAAGCAGGAUAUUUUAAUUGAUUUAGCGCCAUCUCUUGACGAUAAGAAGCGACUUGUGAGAAACGUGGCUGUUAAAGCCCGUACAAGAUGGUACCUAGUUGGCGCUCCCGGCGAAAGUAAAGAAGAUUAA